AUGGCACCGCAGAAAGACAAGAAGCCUAAGAAGUUGACCUGGAGGUUCCAUUUGGACCUUACUCAUCCGGUGGAAGAUGGAAUUUUUUUUAAGGAAACUUUCGAACAGUUUCUCCAAGAGAAGGUUAAAGUCAAUGGGAAAACUGGAAAUCUUGAAAAUGUUGUUCACAUUGAACGCUUGAAGAAUAAAAUCACAGUUGUUUCUGAGAAACAGUUCUCUAAAAGGUAUUUGAAAUAUCUUACCAAGAAUUACCUUAAGAAGAGUAAUCUCCGUGAUUGGCUUCAUGUGGUUGCAUCUGACAAGGAGACCUACGAACUUCGCUAUUUCGAUUAG